UUUGUUUACGGUUAUAUUUGUAAACAGUCUAAAUCUAAAUGCUUGUCAAAGUUGGGACUGUCGGGACAAAUCUUCCUGCGGCGGUGUUAAAGUCGAAGAGAAUAUUUUGGCAGAGACAUGGAUAAACUAUCGAAGCCACAGAUAAUCUGUCACAUCGAAAAAUCGGUAGAUUAUUCGCUGUUUGAUGCAAAGUGGAUACCAUGUAGCGCAAAGUUCGUGGUUAUGGGCUCUCGGCCUCGUGGUACCGGUAUUAUACAGAUUUACGAGGUGUCUAGUGGCGAAUUAAAGCUUGUCAAGGAUGUAGAGAGAUCCAACCAGAUGAAAUGUGGAACAUUUAAAGCUUCUAGUCUUCGUGAUAGAUAUUUGGCUACUGGUGAUUUCAAGGGUAAAUUGAAUAUUUACAAUUUAGAAGAUCCUUCAGUACCAGUUUAUUCAGCUAACGCUCACACACAGAUUAUAAAUGCCAUUGAUGGAGUGGCAGGUGCUAGCGUAGGAUAUGGAGCACCAGAAUUAGUAACUGGAUCUAGAGAUGGAAGUGUAAAAGUAUGGGAUCCUAGGCAAAAGAAUCGACCAGUGGCGAUUAUGGAACCUAAGGAGGGAGAAAGUCGGCGGGACUGUUGGUCAGUGGGAUUCGGCAAUUCUUACAAUUCCGAGGAAAGAGUAGUAGCAGCGGGAUACGAUAACGGAGAUGUUAAAAUGUUCGACUUAAGGGCUAUGUCUCUGAGAUGGGAAAGUAACUUGAAAAAUGGAGUUUGUGGUCUUGAAUUCGAUAGAAAAGACAUUCCCAUGAAUAAACUAGUUGCUACUACCUUAGAAUCUAAAUUUUAUCUCUUUGACCUGAAGACUCAGCAUCCUAAGAAAGGUUUUGCUUAUCUUACUGAAAAGGCGCACAAAUCAACGGUAUGGCUGGUUAAGCACUUGCCACAAAAUCGUGAAUUAUUCGCAACAUGUGGCGGUGGAGGAACAAUUUGUCUUUGGAAAUAUAAUUAUCCAGAGAAAAGAAAAACUACAGACGCCGAUGGGAUCGAGCAAGGAGUUGUAGGCAAUGUCAGUUUGCUCCAGAACUGUACGCUCUCGUCGCAACCUAUUAGUUGUUUGGAUUGGAGCCCGGACAAGCCAGGACUCGCAGUUUGCACAUCGUUUGAUCAAUGCUUACGCGUUAUCAUCACUACGAAACUGAAUACUAUUGAUUAAACAACGGAAAGCUCGAAAGCUUGUAAAUAAGCCUGUGUACGAUUUCUAAUUUGCGAACGCAAGGUGCAUUAUGCAACGGCGAGCAGACGAGAGCGAAUUAUAUGUCAUUGGGCCAAUCUAUUUAGGAUCGAACCCUUAUUAAGUAUCGGCCAUCUUGCGCAUGGUCGUGAAUGUUACGCAAUAUCGCGCGCGCGACGUCCGCCAUUUGAGAUGCGUUCAGCCGGUUCAACCCACGCGUUGUCACUUGCACCUUACACCUCCAUUGCAUCGCGAUUCGCGCGCGAGGGCGCAGCAUUGCAACCGCGCACGCAAGGUCAGGAAUACCUCGAUUUUAAUUAUAUAAAUUAGCUGUCGCCGCGUCCAUCUCUCGCCCACUCAACGCGACAUGUCGAUGUUAUCAAAUCAAACCCCACCCAUUUCAUUCAAUCCUUUCACGUCCAAUAAAAAUCAAAAUGUAUAUCUUGUUUCAUCUUUAAUGCAUAGAAUAGUAGUACAAAAAAAGUUCAACUAAAAUAAUCGCGCAAAUUCAACUAAAAUUCACGUAACAUUUUUAUCUAAAAUUUUUCUUUUCAUUUUUCAUAUUAUUUCUUCAUUUUCUUGUAUUCUUACCGAGACAUUAUAUUCAUUUUUAUUUCUUAUUGCAAUACAAUAUUUACUGCGGACAUUUUCAAGGGAGUUUCGUAUCUCAAACAUGUAUAAUUCUUCGUUUGCUCAACAAAAAGUGUAUCGAUCAAAAAUCAAACGAAAUAGAUUGUAGGAAUCAAAGGAAUGGAUGGCUAUCCUAGAAGUAUAGUUGGCAAGUGUCGGUGGGCUAAUUACAUAGCAAUAUAUAUAUAUAUAUUGCUCAUAUAUACAUAUAUAUAUAUAUAUAUAUAUAUAUAUAUAUGUAUAUAUGAGUAUUUACAGGAGCGGGUGUACACGAAUACGCCGACAAAUAGACAAGUGUGUAGCAAUACCUGGUUCCUAUUUUUGUUUCUUAAUGGCGCACUUCGCGAUGCACUUUGCGGCGGUUUGGUCAACAUCCAAAAUUUGCAUUGCUCCUCCUGCCUCCUACCCCUAACUGUAUGAUCGGUACGAUUAAAUCUUACAAUUAAAUAGAAAAAUCAAUCCUUAGAAACCUUGUUUCUCAUUAAAUAUACCAAUUAGUAGUCGAUAAGUAUUUUUAUUGGGAAUUUUCAUUAAUUGUAUUUAUCUUCCAAAUCCCUAACUCAGAAAUGAUAAUUGUUAAUGGCUUAAGACGAUUUUUCCAUUUAA